CCUGGUAUAUGAAGCUGAGAACAGCCUUACAGUCAUGGGGUUUUGUUCGUGCUGUAUCGGAUGCGUCUUUGUUUGUUAAGAAGACUGCUGGUUGUGUGCUUUAUGUGUUGAUCUAUGUUGAUGAUAUUUUACUCACUGGUUCUGAUAAUGAUGCACUUAAGUCAUGUAUUAAAGCUUUGGACACUCAUUUUGCUCUUAAGACUCUUGGUUCGGUGAACUAUUUUUUGGGUUUUGAAGCUUAUAGAGACAACAAUGGUAUCUACCUAACUCAAACUAAGUAUGUUCUUGACUUACUGAAAAAGGCUGCUAUGCAUGAUAGCAAGCCAUGUGAUACUCCUAUGGCUGCUGGAGUUUCAUUAACAGAUGAAGGAGAACUAUUUUUCAAUCCUUCUUUGUAUAAAACUCUCAUUGGCUCACUGUAAUACUUGACAUAUACUUGCCCGGACAUAGCUUUUACAGUUAACAAACUGAGUCAAUUUUUGUCUUGUCCCAAAGUGCAGCAUUGGUUAGCUUGUAAGCGUCUUCUUCGAUACCUAAAGGGCACAGUUGGCUUGGGCUUGGUUUUCUCUCCCUCAUGAGAUGAUUUGUCCUUACAAGUGUACACUGAUGCAGACCAUGCUGGUUGCAAGGACCGACUUUCGGGGAAGACGAUUGGCCGUGCUGAGGAGAGGGAUGGACUUUAUUGGCUUUCCAAUAGCAAGAAUUCUCCUAGUCAACCUCCACAUAGAUCUGGUGCGAACUUUGCUUCCAGACAUUAUACCACCAUCAUAUAAGGGUGCCACCAUUUGUUAUUUGUAUUACGUUAGAUGUACAUUAUCUGGAGAAUAUCUGAUUCUGGAUAAUGGACAUUCACAUGGAGAAUCAAGUAGAGAUCUUACUGAGCUGGAAGCCAGAAUUCCAUUGCAAAUAUGGGUCACUCAGAAAACCAAUGGCUUGCCAAUUGAAGAUGGUCAGAGUGAUGGAAUUGUUCCUGUUUCUACUGUCCUUUUGGAUGUCUAUUGGAAAGAGAUGGAUGCAGAUUCUGAUUGGGCUAGAGCUAAUGAACUAGAUGGAGAUGAUGAAGGCUAUGAAAGCUCAAGGGAUCAAAUCUCACCUGUGUCUUCCAACAACCCCAUCAAGGAAAGCAUACACAGAGCCUUUGGGAGUUCAUUAUCCUUGCAGUCAUCGAUUGGAAGGUCUUCAAGUCUAGAUGCUUCUUAUUUCAAAGAACGCAACAGCAUAUCUUCAUACAUGCCGCUUUCUCAGCUUUCUGUGGCUGAGGUCCUAUAUGAUACAAGUGGGGAUGUCUCAUCUCCCAAGAAAUAUUCAACCAUGUUAUCACCAAGACAUCAGCUAAAACAUUCAAAAUCUCUCUCCACAGAUGAUGACUUGAGAGUAUCACCUGUCCCUGUGGCUGCUGAGCCCGUAGCGCCAGAAAGCUUCGUUCGAGGACGAUCUUAUAACAUCAGACUGGACGACCAAGUUCUGCUGAGAUUUUCACCCAAAAACUCUGACUCAUCUUAUUACUUUAGUGAUAUGAUUGGUGGCACUCUUACAUUUUUCCAUGAAGAAGGGCCACGGAGAUGCCUUGAGCUUUCAGUUACCUUGGAAAUGUCUGAGACCAUAAAUCGUCAUCUUGUGCACCCUUCUUGGAGACAUUCCCCAACAAUUACUAAGGUUCUGAGUGACCACCAUGAGGUUGUUGCAGAUUUGGUGCAGACAAGCUUUCUUUUUUCCAUUCCCAUGGAUGGUCCAAUGUCCUUUUCUACUCCUCGUGUCUCUGUGCAGUGGUCUCUUCGUUUUGAAUUAUUUACCACUCCUAAAAAUGUCGAUUGGACUAGAUUUGAGCAUCCACUUCUAAUAGAGGGAAGGGACAAGUGCGAGUGGGUGCUUCCAAUAACGGUGCAUGCUCCUCCUUUAGGAACUCAAUCAGCUUACACACGAAAUGAGAAGCCUGUGUCUCUGGAUCCCUUGUGGGUUCGCACUUAAAAGAUUUGUAGUCAAAGGGUCCAUCCGAAUCAUGACAACCAAUUAUCAAGGUAGCUUUUGAGGAUCUACAUUCAGAAGUGUGAGCUCGACUGCUGAUUUCCCAGGGCAGCAGCAGCACCUCUGAUUUUCUCAGGCGACUUUUGUUACUUCCUCGUAUUUUUGUCCAAAUACCAAUUGGGAAAGGUAAAAAGCAGUUUCGAGAGAGGACAUUAAGGGAUGAUGGGGUGACCAGAACUUUAUAAUGUCACGUGCAGUAUCCUCCUGAGAUGCUGUGACCUAUACCUAUAUAUUGUGCUUCCCACUGUAUAUCUCUCUAAUUUUUGUUUCUUAAUUUUUUCAUAGAAAUUUUUUUGUAAUCAUGACAAAUUGUAUUUUUAGUCUUCUAUCUGAGUUGCUACGGAAAUUGUAGAACUUCUAAUAAAGUUGCAAAUGAUAUGUAAAAUACCUGAAUCAUAGUGGAAUAAUCGAAAUUGAUUUGUUUAACGACCUCCAUGGAAGAAAACUAUAAAAGUUAUUUUGUA